CUGGUCUUCAGCCAGUAAGUUAAACAUAACAGACGACGUACAGUAGCUAGCUGGCUGCUGUGGCUAACCUACCCAGCAAGGUGUAACGGCGCUUUGCUAAGCAGCUAAUAGCUCUAGUAGUUAGACAGGAGCGUAUCGAUGCAACGGUUUGAUAAGACAAACAACGCUGGCAUUAUUAUGGUGGAGAGCGUCAAAGCAAAGCCACCGUUUAUAGAUUUCAAGCGUUUUUUAUGAGGUCAUUGCUGGACAGCCGUUUUCUCAUUGGUGUUGGGGGAAAAAAGGCAGCAACAUCAUGAAAGACCGAUUGUGUUGACGAGGUGACUGCUGUUUUGCUCAAAUCAUAACUCCGGGGGGGAGGACAGGCAGCCAAGCUCACGUCCUUCAAAAGAGUUUGUGUGACAGUGCGGGCGACCGGGAGUUGCAGGGGCCAUGCAUCAGGGGUGAGGGGGAUUCGCUGCGGGGGACACACACAGCGUCAGGCGAGGGGGUCAGGAUCGGUCGGUGUGGAGAUGAAACUCAAACAGCGCAUGGUGGUGCUGUGUGCCGUGCUCCUCCUCCUGGGCCUGGCGAAGAUCUUCCUGCUGGAUGGAGGUGAAGGGUCUGCAGCCAGCAGACGGGACCUCAGAGCGUUUCGCAAGAUGGAAGCCGGCCUUUCUCUGUCGCGGGGAGCUCGCCUCACCCACACCCUCCAGUCUCCAUGGGAGAUAGCAAGCCAGUGGGUGGGCCCGAGAGAAGUGUACCCUGAGGAGACCCCAGAGCUGGCUGCUGUGCUCACCGCCCUCAGCUCUGCGAGGAUUGAACGGGCAGAUGUGGGCUACAAGGGCACGCAGCUCAAAGCCCUGCUGGUGCUGGAUGGGGGACAAAAAGUCGUCUUCAAACCCAAGAGAUAUAACAGAGACUACGUGGUUGAGGGAGAGCCAUAUGCAGGCUAUGACAGACACAAUGCAGAGGUGGCUGCUUUUCACCUAGAUAGGAUCCUGGGGUUCAGGAGAGCACCUCUAGUAGUGGGAAGAUACAUCAACCUGCGCACAGAGAUCAAACCUGUGGCCACAGACCAGCUGCUGAGCACAUUCCUCAUGCAGGGUAAUAAUACAUGCUUCUAUGGAAAGUGUUAUUACUGUCGGGAGAGUGAGCCAGCGUGUGCAGAGGGAGAGAUGAUGGAGGGAUCGUUAACCCUAUGGCUACCAGAUGUCUGGCCAUUGCAGAAACACAGGCACCCCUGGGGACGCACAUACAGAGAGGGGAAACUAGCCAGGUGGGAGUACGAUGAAAGCUACUGUGAGGCGGUGAAGAAAAUGCCUCCAUAUGACGCAGGACCGAGGCUGCUUGAUGUCAUUGAUACGGCCAUAUUUGAUUAUCUUAUCGGAAACGCUGAUCGUCAUCACUACGAGAGUUUCCAGGAUGAUGGUGGUGCCAGCAUGCUAAUCCUAUUAGACAAUGCAAAGAGCUUUGGAAAUGCAGCUCUGGAUGAACGAAGUAUCCUCGCGCCACUCUAUCAGUGCUGCAUGGUUCGUGUGUCUACGUGGAACAGGUUAAACCUGCUGAGAGGUGGAGCUCUGAGUUCAGCUAUGCGACAGGCUCUGGCAUUUGACCCUAUUCACCCCGUCCUGGCUGAGCCACACCUCGCAGCCCUGGACAGGCGUCUGUCUGGCGUCAUAGCAACUGUCAAACAGUGCAUGGAGGCGCAGGGCCCUGACAACACUCUAAUAGAGGACCGAAUGAACCUUCCCCAUCCCUAGAAACGAGGAAGAGGAGAUAAGGGAGAAACAAAAAAAAGCCAGGACUUUACUUCCUGAGCCUGGAGAGGAGGAGAGGGACAUGGAAGAAUCAACUCUGGUCUUAAAGAUGAAACACAAAGUGACUAAAUGGAUCAACUGGGUGGAACAAAGACUUUCUUCCUCCCUUGUCCUUUCCUUGUCACUCAGUGGUAUGUGACAAGACUGGAGUAGUUCUCUAGAGGGAAUCACUGGAUUCAAAGUGUUGGAACAGUGUCACCUUCAACUAUAUAAACUUUCUCUCAGGACUGUUGUGCACUAAAGGACAGUGUCCGCUGUACGUGUAAGAACUCCUGCAACUACUACAUGCUGUGAUGACACUCCUGUCUCGUGCCAAAUCCUCCAUCCCUUUCCCAACUUUUCCUUAGGGGGCAACUAAGGAGGAAGGAUGUCGCUCGGCAAGAUGCAGACUCUGAAAAGAGCAGGAGGGAGCUGUACAGCCGUAUUUCAGGCUGUUUGGAGCUUACAGUCCAAGAAACUGAAAAGCUGUGUGAAAUGUCAGUUCAUCUGAGAUGAACCUGUUCCCUGUUGAAUUCAUUUAGAACUGAACACUUUUUUUUUUCUCCUUAAAUUAAAAUUUGACUUUAAUUGGGAGAAAAAGAGAAAUUAACCCAAUCAUUCCCACCAGUGUGUACAUAUUUAACUAAGUAGUAACAUAGACUUAUGAGAUGAAAGAAUAUAAAUUUGUGGAUUAUAAUAUUAAAUAAACUGUGUGUGUGUGUGUGUGUGUGUGUGUGUGUGUGUGUGUGUGUGUGUGUGUGUGUGUGUGUGUGUGUGUGUGUGUGUGUGUGUGUGUAAGGAAGGGUGCCAUACUGUGCCGUAAAUAAGAAAGCUACUGACUUCACAGACUUGAACAGAGGGGGCAGAAGAGGUUGGGUGUGUGGGUUCAUUUUCAGCAUUAAACUAUGAUCUAUUUAAAUGUGGUUCUCUCUCAGUCAUCUUUCCUCCGCUCGUUCACCACUUAAAAGCAGAGUCUGUCUAGAAAUAUGUGUUGGUGCCACUGGUGCUACUUUAAAAAGCCGUUUGGUUUGAUGCGGUGCAGUGACUGUGUUGGCAGGGAUUUUCACUUUGGUCUUAGUUUAGAUGCUCUGAUAUGUAUUUUAAUCAGAUUUAAUCUGUAAAGCUUUACAGGUCAUAUCAGUAACAAACUGGUUAUAGUUAACAUUUAGUUUAUAAUAACUCCACUCUUUGUUUUCAUUUGAGUUUGAAUCACUUCUUGUGCCCUAAAUUUAGCUGAAAUUUACAACUCAAACUACAAACAACUGUGCCUGUUUGACUUUUUUACUUGUUGCCAUUACCUGAGAUUAUCUUGAACUAAUCGUGUGCUUUGCAGUGUCUGAAACGGAUACAGGUGAGAAGCCGGUGCAGUUUACACUUCACGACAAAAUAUUAUGUCCUCUUUGUUGUUUUUUCCCCCCUCACAGACUUUAAUGUUUGAAGUGGGGGGUGAUUUGUGACUUGUGGUUUUGCACACCUGUCAGCCUCUGUCUUACGUGCGAGUUGGUUUGUAACACUGAGCGGUCUUAAAAUGUGAUCCUCUGAUGCUUGAUGAGCAGCUGACUGUAACUGCAGUCAGUUACAGUCAGAAGUUGCACACAGGCAUAAAACGUCUGAAUUAGAACUGAGAGAACGAUUUUUGCCACCUCUUGCACAUCAUGUAGUCACUCAAGGUUACAGGGGUUUGAGAAAGGAUGUGUGUGGGUUGUUGAUGAUUAACCUGAUACUUUUCUUCCAUAAACUCAAACUUUCCUCAUCAAUUUGCCCUCAAUGUUUGUCUGUCAGCUGAAAUUCAAAUACUGAAACUGAUAACUCCUUAAAUCAAUAUUUGAUCUUAUAUUUGUGCCCUGUAAACCGAUAUAUUCUAAGUGUUGUUACAGUACUUCUUCUAUGGAUUUCCCCAUGUAAACAUGUACUUCAGUUACAGAUCAUCUCUCACCACAGGAGCUUCCUUAUCACUUGACAUUUACUUCAUUUUCCUCGUUAACCCUGACAGUAGAGGUAUCACGGCUAUCAAGUGUAAAUUCUCAGUCCUCAUAGCCUGCUCUCAGUGAGUUUUGUUGUUUUGCUACACCCACAGAGGGAAACGUAAUUGUGAAACCAUGUGGCAGGUCCCCCCUUUCCCACAUGCAGAUGUUCUCUCUCAGCUGCCUGCUCGUCUUGCUGUCACAACCAGCCUCUCUGUGUUUAUGUGUGCAAGCAACCAGAUGAUGUAGGACACCUGUUUCGUUUAUACUAAGCAGGUGUUUUACUUGGGACACGCACCAAAACAUUGAAACUCUGAUGAAAACCACAGUUUUUUUUUUUUUUUUUUAUCAUGUUAGGGCUUGUCAGGUCAUGUCACAGGAAAUAUAGAUUGUGCUUCCCCACGGGGACCACAUUGAGUCUCCUGAUGUCGUCCAUGUUGUGUUGACACUUAUUGGCCAUGUUUUGUCUCUGAAGCUGCCAUUAUUCCUAACAAUAUUCAGGCUUUAUCACUUCUCAUUGACUUUUUCUACCCAUUUCUUUGGUCUCUGAGUGAUAUUUUUUGCUUGUUGUUUCCUCAAUUUGUGUGCCCCUGAGGUUGGAAGCAGUGAAAGUAUUGUGGAUAAUAAUCCCCUAAAAUACUGUUAACCUAUGACUACGUAGCGCAGACACUAGAUGUCCCCCUAGGAUAAUUUAUGUAUGUUGUGAAUAUCCUCUUGUAAGGGCAAAGUGCCGUGAAGCAUUACAAAGUCACUGCAAACUCACUACUGAAUAUGACGCACUGCAGAAGUCCCAACGCAACUGUUAUAGGAAUUUCUGUGUGUGUGUGUGUAGGAGAUAGAGAUAAAGCCAUAAAGUGUGACAUAAUGAGUGUUGACCCAAUACAAAUACCACAGUCAGACAAACACUCUUUAAAGUGAGGUAAUGAGACUAAUGUCUCCAGAUAAGAGAGCUACUGGGGGAAUUUCGCAAUGGUUUGGGCUUCCAGAAAUCAUCGGAUUUUGUUGGAAAAUAAAACCGUUUUGAAAAUA